UGUCUGUGAAUGUCAGAUGUAGCUCAGUCCCGGCCACCCCAGCGGUCCCUAUACCGUGAUCCUGGACCCUCCCCAGGAGCAGGGUCUGUUCCCAAGGGUACUGGGCUGUAGCUCAACACCAGGCUAAAGCCCCAGCCCAACCGCCCUCCUCCUUGAGACAGGAUCCAUCCUGACACAGCCAGACCCUUUGGCCAGAACAUGACAGCCAGGAGGGGAGUGGUGAGGGCACCCUCUGUGCCCAUGUCCCCGUCCCUGGACACCCCAUCAGCACAGUACAUUGCCCAGUCCCAAACAUGCUCUGUGCUGGGUCUCACACAAGGCUGCAUUCAGUCGGGACUGGGCAAUUAAACUGGGAAGGGGCCAAUGCUGUCAUCUAACACGGGUACGAGUUAUCAGUGCUCUUAUGUAACCUGUUGCAUAAAGGGGGGUGGGCAGGGACUGCUGCCAGCAGUGGGGGCUAUAAAGGCGGGUGUGAGAAGAGGCAGGACUGUGUAGCCUCUCCAGCCUGUAUCCAGACCCCGGAGAAAGGAUGACCACAGUGCUGCUGAGCCUGGUGCUGGCCCUGCUCUGCCUGCUGAGAGCAGGUGCCGAGGUCCCUGUGCAGCUGGACUUCAACAUGGGGAAGUUUGCAGGGAGGUGGCAUAUCGGGGCUGCCAUUUCCAACUGCCCCGUGUUCCUGAGCAUGAAGGACAAGAUGAAGUCGUCCAUUGCCACCAUCAGCUUCACACCGGAGGGGCACCUGGCUAUGGAGGCUAUCUUCCCCCUGCCAGAAGAAUGCAAAAAGGUUAAGCUGCUCUUCCAGAAGAGUGGACAGCCAGGGCACUACACCAGCACAGAAAAUCAAGAAAAAACGGACUUGAGUGUGAUGGAUACGGACUACAAGCACUAUGCCAUCGUGUACACCCUGAGGGACCGCGGCCAGGAGCCCAGCACCAUGCUCCAGCUCUACACAAGGAAGCAGGAUGUGAGCCCCCAGCUCCUGCAGAAGUUCAAAGAGCUCUUCCAUUCUGUGGGCCUGACUGAGGACAUGCUGGCCAUCCUGCCACAGUCAGAUCAGUGCACCAAGGCUCUCGCGUGAGCGUGGUCAGGGGAAGCUGGGCUGAACAGCCCCCCAGUCCCUGCUAACCCUUCAUCCAUCCGUCCUGGCUUCCUGCAGCUGAGGGGCUGACACAAGAGCUGUGUCCUCCAGAGCUGGUGGAGUCCAGGCUCAGCUCCCCCCUGCCGCCCCGGUGCCUCUUCCCAUCCUCUGCCAGACCUGCUGCUCCACACCAGGAGCACACCUCUCCCGCUGAAAUAAACAGGUGCAAAAGCUGCCCCAGAA